GAUGGAUGAUGCCUUAAAGAAUUUUAAUAAGGUAAUUGAAUUAAAUCCAAAGGAUGCUAAGCUCUAUAAGUGUAGAGGUUUUAUUGAUUUUUAUUUUUAGCUGAUUUGAUGGAGAAAAUGGGACAAAAUUAGAAAGCUUUUAAUGACUAUCAACAAGCUAUUGAUCUUGACCCUCAAUUCAUUAAUGCUUAUUUUAAUAGAGGUAUACAUUACUAUCAUCCAUAGCAUUGCUAUAUCAAAAAUAAAAAAAAUAUUAAGAAGCGUUGAAUGAUUUAAACAAAAUAAUUGAACUAGAUCCUAAAAAUGCCUCAACCUUUAAUAGAAGGGGUACAAUUAACACAUAUUCUUUUAGGAUGUAUUUACCAUGAACUGGAAAAAGAUAAAGAAGCAAUGAUUGAUUUCAAUACAUCUCUUUUAUUAGAUCCUAAUAAUCCUAGCACCUAUAAUAAUCGAGGUUAAUUUACAGUUAUAACUCUAGCCAAUCUCUUUAGCGAUUAAGGAUUAGAUUAGGAAGCACUUAAUGAUUAUAAUUAGUCUAUUUUGCUAGAUCCUUUAAGUUCCUUUAAAUAUUGUAACAGAGGUUCUUGUUUGCUCAAUUAAAAUAGGGCUUUUAUUAAAAAAACAAGAGAGAAAUCAAGAAGCCCUUAAUGAUUUUAAUAAGGCGAUUGAACUUGACAAUAAAAAUGAAGAAGCUUAUAAUAGUCGAGGUAAGAAAUUAAUCUAGUUCAGGUAAUUUGUAUAAAGAAUUGAAUAAAUUGGAUGAAGCAUUUAAGGACUAUAAUAAGGCUACCGAACUCAACCCUAAAUAUGUUAAUUCUCUUUAUAAUAGAGGUAUAAUUGUUUUAACAUCAAGGCAUUUUAUAUUAAAAUUUGGGGGAAAAAGAAAAGGCUCUAAAAGAUUAUAUGCUAGUAUUAGAACGAAAUUAAGCUCAUUCUGAUACUUAUAAUUCUAGAGGUUAAAUUAUUCAACAUUAAUAGGUAAUUUGUAUAUGAAUGAUGGUAAAAUGGAAUAAGCUAUCAAAGAUUAUAAUAAGGCCAUAGAAAUAAAUCCUUUGAAUCCAUUAUAUCUAACUAAUCUUGGUAGUUUAUACUAUCACCAAAAGGAUUACAUUAAAGCUAAAAAUUUUUUCUCACUUGCUUAAGGCUGCUUAGAAUAAAUCAUUGAUUCAAAAUUCAAAUGUAGAAAUCUUUCAUCGAAAAAUAUUAUAUUUAUUUAAAGUAAAUUAAGGUUGAUUUCUGAGAUUGACAAUCAAUUUUAAAUAACAAAAAAUAAUGUUGCUCAAUUUGCAAAAAACAACUAAAUUAACUAGUAAUAAGAAUAAGCAUUUUUAUUAGAAAUCAAUAAGAUCUAGGAAUAAGCAGCUAGUGGUAUGAAACCAACAAAUGAAUAAAUUGAUAAGAAUUAACAACAAUAAAUAUUGGAUUUCUUAUUUAAAAUAGAAUAAGAAGUAAAAGCAAUAUAUGACAAGUUAGAAAAAGAGUCUAAGGAAUCAAAAGAAAAGAUUUUAUAAUUAGAAUCUAAGGUUUAGAAAUUGGAGGAAUAAGAUUCUUACUAAUUAGAAGAAGAAUUAAAUUUAUUAAAGAAACCAGAGAACUUUCAAUCAUUUUUAUAUUACAAAUCCUUAUUUUGGCGCUUAUAUAAUUAUUUACAUGCUAUGUAAUUAAUGUCAACUAAUCUAUUUACAAUAAACAGAGAUGCUAUGGUAGAAAGCAAUUCUGAGAAAGUGGCUGACUUUCUAAAAACUAUGUCAAGUACUGGUUCAUUUAUAAUGGGAUCUGUACCAAUUAUUGGAACAACAUUCAAUGCUAUAAAUGCAGCAUUAGAUUAUAUGGUUGAAAAAGCAAAAGAAAAUAAAUUUCAAAUUAGAAUGUAAGCACUAACCAAAAUUUAAUAAAAAUUUUUUGUUUCUCCUUCCGAAUAAGAGAGAGAAAUUCAAUUUGCAGCUAUUGCUCUUGCAAAAAAGCAAAAACCCCAUAAUAAUGAUGACUGUGAAUAAGGAGCAUUAAAUCCUUAUAUUGUUAAACUAUCAAUUCUUGAGAGUAAUUAUGAGACAAACUCUGAAUCUGAAUAUUGGAAAAGAGGAAUAUAGGAUUCUUUGAGAAUCUUAAGAUAUUUAGAAUCAAAUAGUGAUGCAAUUUUAACAUAACAAGAUUCCAAAAAGUUUAGAAUUGUAAUUUAAGAUGCAAUUCAACCCAAUAAAAAAUAAGCAAUGGAUGAAAAGAAAAAUAAUAGUCAUAAUACUGAAAGAGUAGAUUCAAGCUGUUGUUAACUUAUUUGA